AAUUUUCUGUUCAAUAGCUGACCUUAGUUCAGUUGUAAUACAUCUGGUUUUCAUUUCAGCACGAAUUAAAAAUAAAAAAAGAAAAUUAUGCAACGGAUUGCUGUCAUUGGUGGCACCGGCAUGACCGGUCAAUGUGUGGUGGAUUACGCCUUGGAGAAGGGUCUGAAGGUGCGUUUACUUUACCGCACAGAACCCACCGUUCCGGAGCGUUUCAAGAGCAAGGUUCAAUUAGUUCAAGGCGAUGCGACCAAUAUUGAGGACGUUAAACGACUGAUUGAGGGCGACGGAGGUGUGGAUGGCGUUUGCGUUAUACUGGGCACACGCAAUAAGCUGGAGGCCACAACGGAGCUGUCACGCGGCACUGAGAACGUUAUAAAGGCCAUGAAGGAAGCAAAGCUUACCAAACUUUCUAUUGUCAUGUCGUCGUUCCUAUUGCGUUCCCUUAACGAGGUGCCCGCUGUAUUUCACAAACUCAACGAGGAACACAAACGCAUGUUGGAUUUAACAAAAGCCUCAGGCUUGGACUAUAUUGCUAUACUGCCGCCGCAUAUCGCCGAUGAGCCGGCCAGUAGCUAUACCGUAGUGCAUGACGAAGCACCUGGUCGCCUGGUUUCCAAAGACGACUUGGCUAAAUUCAUUGUAGAUUCCUUGGAACAGCCUGAGCAUUAUGGCAAGGUUUGCGGUAUUGCCAAAAGCGCUUAAGGUAUACUCUACAAUGGAUGAUCACAAUGACAUCAGCAAAAGAUUGUCCCUAUCGCAUAUAAAUUGGAGCCAAAUUGCAAUCGGUUCUAUCUAAACGUACAAUUAGCAAUGCUAUUAAAGCCUUUAAAAGUCAAACUAACCAUCUUUAUGUAUAACCAUACCUAUGUACAUUUAUGGGUGUGUAUUACGUAUGCGCACUAUAAACUUUCCAUUUUGAUAUAAAGAAUAAACAAAUUUUAAUUUCAA